CAUCCGGCAACACUUCAGGGCCCGUGUCACGUCACAUGCUCGUUUUUGUUGUUGAAGUAACUUAUUUACAGGGCAGCUUCGUCAGCUAGAUGCUGUGGCCCGUUUUCGCCUGCCCGGGAUGGAUGCCGAGUCGCUAGUCAGGACUCUACGGGCGUACGACGCGUCGUUUGAUGCAUCGGCGGUGAGGGCGGCGCUUUCGGGGCCUGAAGGCGCCGAGCUCUUGCGCUGGGCUACCGUCCACCUCACCCCGGACACACUGCUGACCGUCGAUGAGAUAACCCAAUAUGCUGCGCUCGAAGGGUCGGGCCUGGCCGAGCGGCUCGCCUCGUCAUCAGAUCUCUCAGCCGCUCGUGUUCUGUCCGACCAAGAAACCAAGGAUGCUAUCGAGGAGCUUAACCGCUCGACCCAGGCUAUCAUGCGGCAGACCGAGACGCUCAAGAAGCAACAAGAGUCUCUCGAUCGUCUUGUCAAUGCUAGCCGACUGGGCGCGCAGGACCGGGAUGCCCUUGAGGCAUCACAGGUUCGCAAAUGGAAUGCCCAGCGCAGGGACCUGGAAUCAGGCGUGGGGCAGUUGUCCGAGUCCCUGAACUCUCGUGUGCUUGAGCUGGAGCAGCGGACGGCCGGGGCGGGUGCGGCAAUUCAGCAGACGGUGGACACUUUGUUCCACUCAGACGAUAAGCUCCUAAGCAGCCUCCAAAAACUAGGGUGGGAGCUGAAAACAGAAGAUGGUGAAGAACAGGAGGAUGUCGCGCUGUUGCGCGAGACAUGCGCCAGGCUCAUCAAGUUCACGGUGGAGGGAAUUCGCACAAGACUCGACCGCAUCUAUCUCGAGUCGCUGGAGCUCACGGCGAAGACAGGCGCCAGCACCCAAGUAUCAGCGGAAGACGCCACCGCGUUACAGGAGGAACUCGAGUCCCUCUAUGCAGAGAUCCUUCCUGUCGCACAGAUGUCUACCGAGCAGCAAUUCCUUGAGCCCGCGCUCAAGAGCCUCGCCGCAAAGAAUGGUCAGAACCUGGCGAGGUCUGCCAAAGCAACCAGCUACAUUCACGAAUGCCUGGAUUACCUCAUUGACAGAGCACAAGACCUGCUCGCUCGAGUGGAAGCCUUCCAAGCGUAUCAGCUUGCCACAACGGCUGUCCUCGACAUGGCGAACUCCGUGUUGGCCGCCGAGGCCGCCGCUGGCGCUGAAGCCUCGGCGACAAGGCAGAGAGGCGGCGGGCCUGAUGACGCGGCGUCCCCGGUCCGUCCUCGGCCCAAGCAACGAGUAAGGCACUCGCAAGGCGCUCCAGAAACCGCCGAGGAAACCUCACUCGAAGAGGUCCUGCGUGCGCUUGCCAUCAGCCUCCCAGGGGCCGAGGAUGCGCCAGCCGACGUACAAGCGCAGGCAGGAGAGCUAGCCUCUACCCUUGCCAACCGGCGGGCGAAGGUCGACGAUAUCGCCAGCAACGUCCAAGCGUCCUUUGAGAACGCUGCAGCGAAGCAAGUCACCGACAUGAAGCUCGCAAUCCAGCUGGUGCGCGACUCCAUCCUGGCCGAGAGUCCGUUUGGGGAUGUGCGGCUUGUGGACCCUGAGAUCGAAGGGUCUAUCGCGGUGCUGACCCAGGAGCUGGCCACCGUCGACGAGAAGCUGAAAAGCCUCGACACCGGUGUGGCCACCUUACGGGGUCCGAACGCGAAGAGAGAUGAGCUCAUCAGCCGCUGGGGUUCAUGAGCCUUUCUAAGGCCAGCACCAUCACUGGUUCCUGGCUCUUCGUCCACAUGACACCCAACAGGAUACGCAACACGCUGGGGACUUGCACCGGUGCCGAAGACCCAGCGCAGAACAAUAAAGAGCCGGGACAAUUCACGGGAUGCCCUCUGGACCUUCCAGCCGUUCUCUGCAAGCGCAGGAACUGGUAUCACCGUCUUUCGUGUCCAUCCACUCGCCGUAUGGAGAGGGUCACCAAGACGGACUUGGAAC